CCUGCUUUUUCCCAGACAAAAGUGUCUUCUUCGGAUUUUGUGUGUUCUCUGCUUCUGUGUCACAACUACGGACAACACAAAUCUCUCUCGCUCUAGUGAUACUUUUCGUCUAUCUUACACGACGAUCGAGGACAUACGUACGACACGGUAGCGUUCGCUCGGAUUGACACACUCACACACAGCCUUGUCAUACACUUGAAAGUCACGGUGUGCCGCCACCCCGCCCACUCCAAUCUCCCGCCCACCCGAUCAUCCCUCUCAUUUGACUAUAAAUUGGACAGCAAACCUCAGAGCAGAUGUCGAAGUAAACUGCGUAGAACUAUAGUGGACGAUUGAAAGUGUUAGCCCUGUACAGUGUACUUCCUAAAAGAGCCUGUUAGCUGGUGACCUAACGUCUCGGAGCAGCCGCCAUAAAACAAGGGGAGUUCAGUCAGCCUCGACUUCUUCAUUUUCGCUUUUCCGUAGCUCAGGGAAGAUGAUGUAAAUAAAAACGAAAGUAGAGCAAUGCACAGAGUACAGUGGUAUCGGAUGGGAAAGAGGCAAAGCAGAAUGUCGCUCGUACCAUUAAUGAUACUUCGCCGCAGACUUGGAUAAUUUGUCCGUUUAUAUGUUUUGAUGGCAGUUGAUACGUUACUCUUACUGGUCGGUGGAGAUCAACAGCAGCAUCAAGCAAUUGUAGUCAGAAAAGUGAAACCAACUAGAAUGUCAGAUAAGGUGUCAGUUGUGAUUGUUGGGGCAGGUGUGGCAGGUCUCAGCACUGCUGUUCACCUAAUCAAAGCUGGGUUUACCAAUGUCAUUGUUCUGGAGGCUUCUGAUAGAAUAGGGGGAAGAGUCAAAUCAGUUUCACCUAAGGAUGGAGAAGGAAUUGUGGAGCUUGGAGCUACCUGCAUUCAUGGUGCAACACCUGAAAACCCAGUGUAUGCCUUGACAGAGGAGUGGAGCCUUCCUGGAGAUGUGCUAAUUAGAAGUAUGGCAGAAAUUUCAAGAUUUGUUGUCAGAAAUGGAAAAAAACUUCCGGAAAGGAAUGCCAGCAUAAAAGUGACAAAUAGAAAGUCAGCUGCCGAAUUUAUUGAAGAAGCUAAACCAAAAUUUCUGGAAAAAUUUGCAGCUGGAGAAGAGCGUGAGAGUGCCUCCAAGGCUCUCAACAAUAUGCUAAACUAUCUUCGUUUCUUUAAUGGUGAUGAGCUCAACUUACUCUCAGCAGAUCUUUUUGGAUGCUUUGAGAUGAUCCCAGGGAAAGAGAUUAAAUCUCCUGGUGGAAGAUUUCUUUCUUUCGUGGAACGUCUUUAUGACCAGAUUCCUAAGGAAAAUGUUGUAUUGAACAAGGAGGUUGUGAAAAUAAUAUGGGAUAAGGAUGCAGAUGAAGAGGUCACAGAUGACAAAAGAAAGGGGCAAAUUAGAAUCCAGUGCAAAGAUGGGAAAGUAUUUGAUGCUGAUCAUGUCGUAGUUACUUGUUCUCUGGGCCACCUUAAGGCUAACUUCAAACAACUCUUUUAUCCUCCUCUACCCGAGGCCAAGGGUGGUGCCAUUGAGCGAAUAGGAUUUGGACGCGUUGCAAAGCUUUUUGUAUACUAUAACAAACCUUUCUGGACAGAUGGAAUUAAGCUAGCAUGGUCUGAUGAUCUCUCGGAGAUCAAAGAGGAUUCAGACUGGAUUAAGAGGAUUGUUGGGUUUGAUGUGCAACACACCAACACCAAGGUGCUUGGUGGGCCUUUUGGAGGAAGAGGAGCUGAGGUCAUGGAGAAACUUUCUGAUGAGGAAAUUGCACUAACUUGCAGAGAUAUAUUUCGCAAAUUUCUUAAUGACCCAUCAAUCCCAGCACCUGAUCUUGUUCUAAGAUCCAGCUGGAUCAGUGAUCCGCUAUAUUGUGGAGCCUACAGCUAUCUAAGCAUGGACAGCAGAGAGACAGAUAUAGAAGAUUUGGGCAGGCCACUGCCCAGCAUACAUUGUCCAAAACUUCAGUUUGCAGGUGAAGCCACCCACCCACAGUAUUUCUCCACUGUCCAUGGGGCUUUUCUCAGUGGAGUUCGGGAAAGCAGAAGGAUCCAGGAAAUCUAUCAGUGAAUAAAACUGUUUCAAAUUGUCUUGUGUGACCAAGAUUUGGAGAAUACUUUCACAUAUUUACUGGGUGGUCUUGGAAAUAUUUAUUGUUAAAUAUACAGGUGAUGGAAUAGUACUCUAUAAUCUGUUAAAAUGUUAUGGCUUCUUAUGACUUUUACUUUUAAUUGUUGUUAGUUUACAGUGUCAGCACCUUUUGUAAGGACUGGGGACACUAGUGUAGACAAUGAUAAUUGCGAUCUAGGGUGGUGGUGGUUGAUAUGUGUUAACGAAUGAACGGUAUUGUUACCAGGGCUCAAUUACAUUUAUUGCAUGUGAUGAUGGCCUGUAAUUUGCUGUUGGACUAUUAAAAUUUUGUUAUUGUUAUUGUGCGUUUGAGGUCAGCCUACCAGAAAGGAAAUAUAUUACUUGCAAAAGUUUGUUUAAGGGAUGGACGUUUUUUUGUACAUAAAUCAUUUGAGAAAAAAAUAUUAUAUACAUGUAUAUUAUAUAUAUGAUAUAAAAUAUCAGUGAAACUGGAUUAGUUCAGGCCAUCAGUUCUUUAAAAUAAUGAAAAUUAUGUGAAUUUUUUUCAGGCAGCUUAUGCAUCAGCUUUAAAUUAUAAAAAUGUUCUUAGAAUUCAAAAAUACAUGUCCACAUAUUUUUAUAAAUUAAACUUUUGAUUAUUUUAUAUAAAAAAAAUGAACUGUGCAAACAAAGAGAAAAUAUCAACAUGGAUUUUUAUUAGCACCGUACCUUUAUUAAAAGAUGAGAGCCGAUGUGAGAUGGGAAUUUUAUAUUAUGGCAUGAAUAGGUGCUUUUGGGAAAACUUGGAAGCUGGAAAUGGAUGUCUUUCAUAUUAUAUAA